AUGGAUACAAGAAUUAUCGACGUUUUCCAGGUUUUUGCACGUUACACGGUUUCCACUACGUCACUGGCUUCUAAGGAUGCCUUACUGCGGCGUUUCGGCUUCAUCGUUUCUGAGGAAGAGGCAUCUGCUUUCUAUCCUCUCAAAUCACUUAUCAUAAUUCAAAUUACCGCUCAACAAGAAGCAGGAUUAAAAUGGCAACAUCGAGACAACUAUGCCAAAUGGAUGAUCGUCAUGGAUCUGAAAGCCAUGAGAACCAGGUGGGGUCGAAUAUUUGGGUUCUGUGCUUCGCCUUAA